AUCGUCAUCUCCUUUGAAUUUCAACCAAGCGCCUCAUCAUGUGGCGAGGUGCUACAACGAUGCUUCUGGAUGGAAGGACGACUGCUAAGACGGCGUCCAAUGUGUCAUUGCAUGGUUCCCAUCUUGGUCAAAUCUCCGGUUUCCAUGCGUCCGCACCGCGGCAGCGUCUACCUCUUGUGAUUGCAGCGGUCGGUGUCGGGCUGGCAAUCACGACGCGGUAUGUCAUUCGCGCACAAGAACGCGUCAAGCAGAAACGCGAGGCGGCGGCCGCUCCCCGGGACCAACCUCUGAGUGUGAUGGUGGGCUUGGAUCUCGGUUCCAUCAACGCACGUGCGUGCGGGAUCGACCUAGAGACGAAGCCAUACAAGACUGUGUUUGAAUCCGAUCGCAUGGCCGCCCAAGUCCGCAGCGGCGAGUUGGUCGUUGGCAACCUUGCCGCGAAGAACAUGGUUCCAAACCUGCGGGCGCAUCUGCUCACGGACGCGUCGUCGUCCGCUGGCAUCCUGGACAUAGGCGCCGACGACAGCGUUACCGUUGACACUGUCUUGGAAUCCUUGCUUGAAUCCCUUCAUGGUCGUGUGCGCAGCUCGCUCGAAAAGCAUCACAACGACAUGGACGACUUGUUGCCCUGUGUGUGCGCUGUCCCUUCGCACUACGACGGCCCGCCUCUAGACCGACUGCGGCUCAUUCUGCAGCAUGCUGGCUACCGCGUGAUGGACUUCGUCCCAGAAUCCGUCGCCGCAGCGCUGUCUCUCCCCAAGGAAGACGCCGGCACUCCGCCAGUCAAGCACUUGGCAGUGUUUGACAUGGGUGGCAUUGAAACCACGUGCUCGAUCCUCCACUGCGACGCCGACAUGACUUCGCCUACGAUCCUUAGCACAAGUACCACGACAGUUUGCAGUGGCGUCGCCGUUAGCGCAAACAUUGUCGAGCACCUCGCAGGAGCCUUUCAAAAGAAACAUGGCAUUGAUUUGCGUGUGGAUUCGCUGGCCAUGGAACGGCUCACCCAAGCGGCGGACGCGGUACGAUUACAAUACCUGUUGUGGUCUGUGACGUGGCACGCUGUAGGCCAAGCACGAGCUCAGUAGCGCCGCGUUUAGCCAAGUGCAUUUGCCGUUCAUCACGGCCGACGCCAGUGGCGCCAAGCAUCUCGAACACACGAUUACGUCGUCCGCGCUCCAUCGACUCAUGGAAACGCCCCUGGAACAUGCCGCCACGUUGUGUCGAGAAGCGCUGCGACGCGCCAAGCUGGACGCGGUGGAUGCCGUCGUGGUGGUCGGUGGCGGGGGCAAGUCGCCCCUCGUGCAGGCCAGCGUGGGCCACGCGCUGGACAAUCCUAGACUGCUUGUUAUUGAGAAUGCAGAAGAAGCAGUAGCGUUGGGGGCUGCUACCCGUGGUGUGGCGCUGGCAGAGUUCACAACGUUGCGAUAGUUAAAGACAUAAUAGAGACCAAACAAAAUGAUGUGAUUUUUGGAGGCUUUUCGCGGUGUUAGCAACUUGACAUUGUCGCACACACAAACGAGAAUGAUUACGUCGACCUUAUGUGGCUAUAUUUUGAAUGCUUCCACCUUGCAACUUACCUUUUUAUGUCAUGCAUAUACAGUGUCCACAUGAAGUACACCUUGGUAGGACAGGGAAUUCUACCCUAAUUCUAGAAU